AUGGCAAACGUGGAGGCGGAGGCGGUGGAUUUCGAGCCGGAGGAGGAUGAUCUGAUGGAUGAGGACAUAGGAGACGGCAACGCGUCAUCCCCCAACCGCGGCGCCAAUGUUCCUCGGCUUAAGUCUGCCAUCACCGGCGGCUUAUCGUCAACUGCUCCUAAGAAGACAAAGGGCCGCGGCUUCCGUGGCGAGGCCUCGACUGAGGCCGAACGCAACGCUCGUAUGUCCGGCCGCUUUGACUCUCUCGACUCCGACGGUGGACCCGGGCCCGAACGAUCAAUUGAAGGGUGGAUUAUUCUGGUUUCUGGAGUUCAUGAAGAGGCACAAGAGGAUGAUCUACAAAAUGCAUUUGGUGAUUUUGGGGAGAUUAAGAAUUUGCAUUUAAAUCUUGACCGGCGUACGGGAUUUGUCAAGGGUUAUGCACUAAUUGAAUAUGAGAACCUUGAGGAAGCACAGAAAGCUAUAAGUGAAAUGGAUGGGACAGAACUGCUCACUCAGGCCAUAACCGUUGAUUGGGCAUUCAGCAAAGGUCCGUUCAGGAGGAGGAAUAUGAGGAGGAGAUCACCUCGCGGCCAUCGUUCAAGAAGUCCUAGGAGAAGAGUCUAA